UGCGCUGCAUUGUCCAUCGCCCGCCCUUAACGCCGAAUUCGUUCAAAGGGAGGGAUUGGGAUCCUUCCUAUGUUGGACCAUAAACCCAGAACCAACACUUACUACUAACAUUUCAUUCAGAAUCCUUCACCUUCUAUCUAUGACAACCCCCAUGGAAAUUUAUUCACAAUGAAGAAUCUAACAUGGUUGCGCAUAGCCUUCAUUGCGCUGACUACAAGCACCCCUGCUGCUGGAGAUCCUACUGUUAAAAUCGAAAAAAGCAAAGUCACAUAUCGCGGGGUAACUAAAGGGUCAGUGGAAGAAUUUUACAGUAUCAAAUUCGCCCACGAUACAUCUAGUGCGAGACGAUUUGCUCCUCCAGAGCCGUAUACACCACCAGAGGGGUCCGAAAUUGAGGCAACUUCUCAUGGUCCAGCGUGUCCACAGCCGAAACAUGCCUUCCCGCCCUGGAUCAGUGAGACUCCCGAUCAAAGUGAGGAUUGCCUCCAUCUCCGGAUCUCGCGGCCAGCUGGAACGACUUCAAAUGACAAACUACCAGUAGCUGUCCAUAUUGUUGGAGGCGGCGUCGUCAAGGCCUCCGCAUCUGACCCGAAUUUUGACCCUACCAACCUAAUCACCCAUUCUAUUUCUCUGCAGAAGCCCAUCAUCCAUGUCGUCUUCAAUUACCGCUUAAACAUUUAUGGCUUCGCACGCCUCGGUAUCCUGAAAGAUCGCAAGUCACUCAACGUAGGGAUGCGAGAUCAACGAGCAGGUUAUCAAUGGGUGAAAGAUAAUAUUGCAGCGUUUGGUGGUGACCCAGACAAGAUUACGUCCUUUGGAUUGAGCUCUGGAGGGACGUUUUCUUCGCUCCAUCUUAUGACAUUUGGAGGGGAGCAGGGCGUUCCUUUCAAUCAGGUAUGGGCUAUGUCGGGUCCACCGGGCACGGCCCUGAACAUUACCUCUGACGCCACCGAGAUACAUACCCACGCCGUCGCAGAACAACUAGGGUGCGAACAUGAUGGGGAUGAAGAAAAGAUUUUGGAGUGUUUAAGGGAGGUACCCGUCGACAAAUUGACUGAAACCGCAACAGCUUAUUCAGUUAAUAACCACCCUCCCGGUGGACUUUUCACUUUCAUUCCAUCUAUUGACGGGGAUUUUCUACCCGACCGUCAAUCCGUCUUAUACAAAGCGGGGAAGUUCGUGAAAGGCAUACCUAUGGUGUUUGGUUGGACACAAGAUGAUGGCUCCACGAACGCUGGACCUGCUCCUACAUUUCAAACCGAGGAGGACAUGAAGACGCCAAUUAAGAAUUUCGCCCACGCACUUACCGAUGAUGAUUACGAAAAGUUGUUUGCCUUGUACCCCGCUUCAGAUUUUAAGGAAGAAUUUCAGAACUACCAAGCGCGAAAGAAGGACUCAGACCCUGAGGCACCUGUUCAUUUCUUCCGAGUCGCGCGCAUAAUGCGCGAUAUCCUCUUUACUUGCUCGUCCAUCGACUUCGGCUAUGAAAUGUGGAGGCAGUCCAAGGCGCUGAAUCCGGACUUCCCUGGAGUCCGCCACUAUGACUUUAACCAAAGCAUGGCGACGCCUCUAUUCCACGCCGCCGGGAUGCCUUACGUCGGCGCCGUUCAUGGCAGCGAUUUAGAUUACAUCUAUAACAACAUAUUUCCCAGGGACAAGAUGCCCGAUCAGGAUAAAGAGCUGUCCGACGCCAUGAUAACAUCCUUCCUCAAUUUUGUUUAUACCGGGGAUGCGAGCGGCGGCAAUUCGGAACUAUGGCCUGAGUCAUUCACAGGGCAAACCGAACCUACGAGCCCCUCAGGAAUCAAUCUGCAUCUUAUCGGCGGACCUCUCGGUACUGGACCAAGCGAAUUGUUAGCAAAUGAGGUAGAUAACACGUCAAAUGGCACGGCGAAUUUAGGCGUCCACGAAGAUGGAGCGCAGAAUCCUCUAGUCGAUAGCACACAAUUCGGCGAGAUGGGAUCACCGUUCAUUCAAGCAAGAAAGCAAGAGCUUCAACGGGAAAGAUUAUUUGAGCGAUGUGCAUUCAUCAACAGCCUUGCGGAAAAGCUUGGGCACUGAGAUAGAUCUACACGUCGGCGUGCGACGGUGGUUCGACCCCUCUCUACCCACCCUACCUAGGACCUAUCUAGGGACAUAACAGCGCCCACGCAGCUACCUAGGUGCUUAGGGCUAAUGGGUCGAGCCCCCGUAAUUCGAAUGAUGCUCUUGUGCGAGGAAGUCUUCUGUAACUGGCACUGCUCUGCCUACCUAGUAUCGUGUGUUUUUGAUUCCCGUCUUCCAAUGGAACCCAAUACCAAUAUUUACAUCAAUAGACCAACCGUAGGCUCCAUCGUUUUCUGUGUACCAA